AUGUUUAUUGAAGCAGAAAAAGACAAGGCGGACGCUCGGUCUUGGGCGACGGAACCAUGGCCGAUCGGGCAUUCUAGCGAAUUUUACGAAUACAAUACCGAGGUCUUGGAGGCAACCAAAGAUGAAUGCUCUGACAAACUAGGGCGGGGCUUGAAGUCGGCAUAUGAGCAUCGUCGCAAAGUAUGGGCUUGUCACGUAUGUGGGAAGAUUGUGAGCAAACGAGGCGUCGGUCAAGAUGGCAAAGAGAAAGACGAAAAAGAAACCAACCAGCAGGACGGGCAGUCUCUGUGCAACGGCCUGACUCCAUGCGAGCUAUGUGGUUCCGCAUGGUACUGCUCCGAGAAAUGCCGUCGGAAAGACUGGCUGUUACACAGCCUACUGUGCACCCAGUACCGACUCUUUCAGCAAUACAAGCCGUCAUCGGAUAGCUUCAGUUGCAUCGGCAUAGAGCUCCCCGUGGAGAACAAGACACCGAGACUGGUAUGGGUUAGGUACGGGAAGGCCUUCAGCAGCCGACCCCAGCAGCGCCGUGCCGGGAUCGCGAGGACAGCAAUUGCAUAUCGCCACGAUCCCUUUUACUACAUCGGUAACAUGAUGGGUGGCAUGGUUCAAGUAAUUAAACAACCCGGUCCCUUUUGGUGCACGCGGCUCUACGUGGCACGCCGACAGACCUCGUUGCUUCAUCCGGUCAACGAGUGCGUGAGGACCCUGCUGCGGCAGCUGGGUCCUAGGGCGUUUGACUCGAUGAAAGGGUUCUUCGACCCCAAUAAGCACCUGCAGGACGACAAACUCAUCUGGAGGGGGCCGAUUGUUCUGUUUCGGCGGUCGGAGAUGUUCUUCACGAUGAAGGCGGCGGAUUUGGAAGGCCCGCUCGGCGGACGUGAGCUCCGGUCACUCGAGGUGCAGAUGAUGGAGGACAUGACGCUGGCGGAUCUCAGCUGGGCUAUCGAGUACCUGGCGUGGAGGCAGAUGGAGGUGGUGGAGCAUCCGGAGACGGCUAACCUGGUGCCGGAGGACUGGUCACGGUGGAUACGGUCCAUGCCGGAUGAGGAAGAGGUGGAAGAGAUAGACGAGUGA